GCUCAUGCAGUCAGCAGCAAGACAUCAUGGAGAUUACAACUCUCAGCAUUAGACUUUUGACUGAGGUUUUGGUCCUUGUGGCUGUACAAGCUGAUCGCAGCAACUUUGCUGAUGCAGUUUUUCCUCACAUUGUUCCAAAUACACUUCAGUUCUUUGAAUACAAGUCUAUCUCUCUACAUUGUGAGGAAGAUAACAGCAUCACUGAAUGGAUCGUGAAGUGGAAAUCCCUUAAAAUAGAAAACUCUUCCCAGACAUCUAACACAUCAGCAUCACCCUGCACAAUUUAUCCCACCUUUGAAAGUCACAGUGGAGAAUACUGGUGUGAAAAUGAAGAUGGAGAAAAAAGUGAGGCUGUGAACAUUGUUAUCACUGCUGGUUCUGUAAUCUUGGAAAGUCCUGCCUACCCUGUGAUGGAGGGAAAUGAGGUGACCCUUAAUUGCAAAAACAAGAAAACUCAGUCAGAACACAUCACUGACUUCUACAAAGAUGGUGUUUCUCUAGGGACCUGGUAUCAAAGCAGCAUGACCAUCAAAAAUGUCUCCAAGUCUAAUGAAGGACUCUACAAGUGCAGCAUAUCUGGAGCAGGAGAAUCACCCGAGAGCUGGUUAGCUGUUUUAAAACAACGUGAAGCACAUUACAAUGAGACUGAUCUUUCACAUGAAGUCCCUAAAAUAUCACAUGAUGAAUUCCCUAAAAAACAAAUUCUGCUGUGGACUGUUAUCUGUGUUUUAUUGGUGGCUCUGUUGUUGAUGGUAAUGGCCCUGAUUCUGCAUAAGAAGCACAAAGACACGGACACCACUGCCCUACAUCAAGCAACAUAUGCUGUGGUCAGUAAACAAAGGAAGCAGAAUGAUGGAGACAUUUCAUAUGAAACAAAUGAUGUCCUGUAUGCCACUGUUAAAAGUCACUGGGGAAAAAAAGAACCAAAAGUGUCCAGAGCAGACAUUAAUCCAAGCUGUCAAGAAGAGACUGUCAUCUAUUCUUCUGUCAAGCCUCAAACAUAAUGUAUUUGUUGGACUUUCAUAAAAUCACGGCAUGUGGUUAGCUUACACGUAACUAUUGCAAAUAAGAAAAUGAAAAACAGAAAAAUAAAAAGAUAACAUGAUCACUGAUAUUGUUAUUUUGAGCUUUAAAGAAAAAAAAUGUAAAAAAAAAAAAAAAAAAAUCAGCCUUAACAGUUAUUACCGUUGUUAUCUCAUAAAGAUAACCCCUUCCCUAAAUGGCACAUUAAGGUUUUAUUUUAUAUGUGUUUAUGAAAUUAGUAUUAUCUGCAUGUACAUUUUAAGAAUGUCAGCUUUUCUCUAAGUAUUUCUUCAGUCAUUGUCAUUUUAAA